GUCCCUCGACUCCCUCUUACGUCCAUGAGAAGCAGCGGCGCACCACAGUGGAUCGUGAGCGACACCGAUGGUCGGCUCUGCAACUUAGACAGCGGCACAGCGGAAAGGGUUCUAUACUUUCAACUGUCUAUUUGUCACUACCCUAUUUGCACGAGACAAGGAAAGGGUAUGGGGAACUGGUCCAAACUUUGUAAUGACAUUCUAGGACUGAUUGUGGAUCAGUUUUCGGCAAUCGAAGAUGUUGUUCAUUUUGGUGCGGUUUGUAGGCCAUGGCGAUCAGUUUUAGCCGAGAAGUUGCAUUUCUCUACUAUUGCCGAUCCCUGGCUGAUGCUUGCAGAGAAGGAAGACAAUGACAACCGUGGCUUCUACAGUCUCUCCACCCAAAAGGUUUACAACUUGAACUUGCCAGAGGCCCGUGGCAGGAAGUGUUGGUCGUCCUGCGGUUGGUUGAUAACUUUGGGGCUUGAUUUGGAGAUUCACUUAUUAAACCCCUUUUCUCGGGAACAAAUUCGGCUUCCACCUCAACCAACACUCCCUCGUCAAUACCCCCUGAUUUUAGUCUAGAAUUUAUCCGUCGGGCUUUUAUACAGAAAGUGAUAUUGUCCUCAAGACCAUCUCGUUCUUCAGCUAAAACAACCCCUUGUGAAGAUGAUGACAAAUGCGUGGUUAUGGCAAUAUUUUCCGAAUUCAGGAAAUUAGCCUUCUUGAGAUUGGGAGAUGAAGUUUGGACUCCU